CUUAGACAUAUAGCUCAAGUAUAAAAGCACUGCUCCUGGUCCUCCUGGAUAGCUUAAGAGGGAGUUCAGCUCUUCACGAGUAAGCUGAAAUCUUCAGCAGAGCAAUUGGUCAAUCGAUCAAAGGCCAAAUAAAGUGACUGGCAAGAUUGUUUCAAGGCGUACAUCAAAAUGGGAAAAUUGGUGGCAGCAAUAGGCAAGUUGCUCUGCUGUGUACAAGUGAACCAGUCAACAGUAGGUAUCAAAGAAAGAUUUGGGAAAUAUGAGGAGGUGCUUGAUCCUGGCUGUCACUGUGUGCCAUGGAUCAUUGGAAGCCGUGUCGCUGGUGAACUCACACUACGGCUGAGGCAGCUAGAUGUACGUUGUGAGACAAAGACAAAGGACAAUGUUUUUGUUACCGUUGUUGCGUCCAUUCAAUAUCGAGCAAUGGAGGACAAAGCAAGCGAUGCAUAUUACAAGCUGAGCAACCCAAAAACCCAAAUCCAAUCUUAUGUCUUUGAUGUUAUCAGGGCAAGUAUUCCCAAAUUAGAAUUGGAUGAUGCUUUUUUGCAAAAGAAUGAAAUAGCAAAAGCUGUGGAGGAGGAGCUUGAGAAGGCAAUGCUUGCUUACGGUUAUGAGAUUGUGCAAACGCUGAUUGUUGAUAUAGAACCAGAUGAGAAAGUUAAGAGGGCCAUGAAUGAAAUCAAUGCUGCUGCAAGAUUACGUGUCGCAGCAAAUGAAAAGGCAGAGGCAGAGAAGAUCAUUCAGAUCAAGAGGGCCGAGGGAGAGGCUGAAGCCAAGUAUCUGUCUGGACUUGGUAUUGCAAGGCAGCGGCAGGCUAUAGUUGAUGGGCUAAGAGACAGUGUGCUUGGCUUCUCUGGAAAUGUUCCUGGGACUUCAGCCAAGGAUGUCAUGGAUUUAGUUCUUUUGACACAGUACUUUGACACCAUGAAAGAAAUCGGUUCAACAUCCAAAUCUUCAGCAAUUUUCCUCCCUCAUGGCCCUGGAGCUGUUGCAGACAUUGCCAGUCAGAUUCGUGAUGGAUGUCUUCAGGCAUCGUCUCACCACACAAAGUAAUAAAUCCAAGUCAACAGUGUCUUAGAUUGGUGAAAGGUCCACUGGUUUGUAUGUGCUUGAGGAUGUCGUGUGAGGUUCUCAAAAAAGUAUCAAGCUUGUAGAAUAGCAUAUAGAUAAGAUAAGCUAUUCUCUGUUGCGUGGAUAGGUUCCAAGCUAUACAGAAUGGACUCAAUGGAGCAUAUGUGCUUUACAUGAAUCUAGUUGAUGAUUGUGGUGUGAAAAAAGUAAUGUUGUCACAGCUUAUAUAACCUCAAUAUACAGCUUUGGUUACAUA